AUGGCAAAUGAUGACGAUGAAAAAAAGAUGAAUACCGAAAAUUCCUCUCAAGAUGAAGUUGACGAAAGCUUAAAGUUUGUACUGCGGCCUGAUGAUGAUUCUCAAAAAGUAACAGAAUCAAUGAUCGGGAAAGUUGAGAGAACAACACUGAUUGUAGACGAUGUCGAUUUGGAUUUGGAGAAAACUUUUGAAGAUUAUCAUAAUGACUUGUGUCAUAGUGAUAUAAUGGACCUUAGGCCUGGCUCAAAAUUUACGAAAAAGUCUCUGAAACAAUCUAGGAAAAAUUUAUAUCGAAUACAUAUCCCGAAUAAACAUUACCUAAAGAAUGGCAAAAUUUGGAAAAAAGUAGUUUGA